GGAAAAUGCACUGUCUGAGCUGACAGCUCCCUGUGCCCUUAGGGAUAGUGUUGUAGUAGCCAGGCUUCAUUUCCAAAGAGACUGCAACAAGCCAACUAGGACUCAAUGCAGCUGGAACUGAUGAUGAGGGGCUUCCUCCUUUGCUCGCUGCUGCUGCUGCUGGCCCCCCAUUGCACAGAGGUGGCUGCCCAGGAAGGCGAGCCAGAACCCAAAACUCCAUGUGCCAACUGGAUGGGAGGAGCACCUGGCUACCCUGGCCACAACGGUCUCCCCGGCCGGGACGGGAAAGACGGAAAAGACGGGUUAAAGGGAGAGAAAGGAGAGGAAGGUAUGCAAGGUCCCAAAGGUGACCCAGGCGAAGCAGGCAUCCCAGGGAAGGAAGGGCCACGAGGAUUCCCUGGAUACCCAGGGCAGAAGGGGGACAAGGGUGAAGGUGCCUUCAUCUACCGUUCUGCCUUCAGUGUAGGGCUGACGGACAGAGCCCCCCACCCCAAUGUCCCCAUCCGCUUCACCAAGAUCUACUACAACGAGCAGAAGCACUAUGAUGCCUCCACCGGCAAGUUCUUCUGCGCCAUCCCUGGCACGUACUACUUCACCUACCACCUGACGGUCUACCUGACGGAUGUCAAGGUCAGCCUGUACAAGAAGGACAGGGCGGUGAUGUUCACCUAUGACCAGUUCCAGAAGAACAACGUUGACCAAGCGAGCGGCUCCAUCUUGCUCCACCUCAGUUCUGGGGAUGAGGUCUGGCUUCAGGUGUACGGGGAAGGAGACAACAAUGGCAUCUACGCUGACAACGUCAACGAUUCCACUUUCAUGGGCUUCCUUCUGUACCCAGAUAUGGAUGGCCGCUAAAGAAGGCGGUCCUGCUUGGGAUAGGAAGAGGUGGCUUAACCUCAGACAGUGCCCUGGGGCACUGGUGCUAUAGCUAUACUGUAUUUACCUGAUAACUGCUUUUCAUGGGGGCAACAAUUACCAAGGGUGGACCAAUAAGUGAGGUUAAUGAGUCACUUCCACGGGACCAAGAUUUUACUUCUACCUUGGAUCUUGCUCUCCUUGUGAAAACCUGGGCCAAGAGUGACUCUCAAGAUGCCCUAACCUCUUUUGAAUUUAAAAAUAAGAGAAAAAAUACAUUUCAAUAUCCCAUUUUAAAUUUCCCUUUGUUAACCACUUAAAUCCACUUAAUCCAAUUGUACACAUUUUAAAUUGGAGUAGAAGAUGUAGAAGACUAUUCACAAAAGCCAUCUCUGCUCUUGUUUUCAGCUGGAACAGAUAGCUCCUUUUUACCAUUGUAACUUGCUGUCCUAUUAGGGCUUUUGGUUUCCACCCACGGUUUGUUGUCUCCCUUCUUUAGCCCAGAUCCCUGAAUAUAUUCAGGUUAUUAACUGUCAUUCAUUUUAAUCCUUUGAUUUUCCUUCUAUGUCUAUCUUCUGUUGUUACCUCUAAUGUAGACAGCUUGCUUGUUCAGGGCAGGAUUUUCUCUUUUGAUCUAUCUGAAAAGCCUUAUGAAUGCUGGUGAGGCCACAUACCAAAACCAGCCCAUUGACCAUGUGGUUCUGGAGGUCCUGAGGUGAUGACAGAUGCAUUGCCUGCACAGUUGUGAUGCUCAGAAAUGCCAGCUGCUCCCUUGCAAACACCCUGAUGUCUGAUGGGGCAGCAGAAGGUGCCUCAAGGAUCUUGGGCAAAGAGAACCUCAGGGUGGAAAUGACCCUUCCCAAAUUGCCCACCACAUGCUGGAAGUGGCGGCACAAGUACUUGCUCAUCCCAGAUGCCACCAGCAUGGAGCACAGGAGCAGCAUCUCACAGCUUCCAUCUGCAAGCUGGCAGUAUCCUGGUGCAUCUCCCCUCUGAACAGCUCCAAAAUGCAGUCAGAAACUGAGAUCUAGCAACUGGGUUUUCUACUCUUCUUACAGCAUAAGUGUGCCAUAAGCAGUCUUUUACACACCAGCUGGACAGAGCUUCAUGUGGUGGUGCUUCAGUGGGCUCCUAGGAUGAACACCCCCAGGACCUGCCCCAGCUCUCAGCAAGGUUACCUUAAUGGAGGAAGAGUAUUAAGGCUGGAACUAGCAGCAAUCCCAUCAAACUGCUCUCCAAGGAGCUUGACUAUUAGCUAAAAGAGGAUUUGGUAGUUUCUCAGAGACGUCCAAAGAAGAGUCCCAUUAAGCUUCAGAACAAGCUAACACAGAUAAGCGCUAAUGUGUUAUUAUAAGCACAGAACAGCAUUAAACGCUUCAACUGAAAUUACUUCCAAGAGCAGCACUUCACACUCCAAUGAAUUACUACAUUACACAUAACAACAAUAAAAAAACCUCUCUCUAUGAGAACAAUCA